UCCUCUGUGUUUGAGAAAAGCCCUCCCCGGCACCCGUAGCCGCAUCCCAGAUUCAGCGCUGCUGUCACAACAAGAGAAAGAGGAUAAUAAGUUAUUAGUCAGCUGACAGAAGAAUAAUCCUCCCCAUAACGACUCCGAGAAGCUAACAUUUUAUUUCAAAAUGUCUGACAAAAGUGAGCUGAAAGCAGAGUUAGAGAGAAAGAAACAACGACUGGCUCAGAUCAGAGAGGAGAAGAAGAGGAAAGAAGAAGAGCGCAAGAAGAAAGAGCUGGAUGGACGGAAGGAGGGCGCGUCUCCUCCGCAGGAUGACUCUGAUCUGGAGAGGAAGAGGAGGGAGGCAGAGACUCUGCUGCAGAGCAUGGGGAUAGUGGACGCCUCCAUGGUGCAACCUCUGCAUGUGGUAACAGAAGAUACGUGUCUGUUUCACUAUUUAGUCCCCCCUCCCAUGUCCCCCUCCGCCAAAUCAGUGGACACUCCCAGCGAAACGGGCAGCCAGGACUCAGGAGACGGCGGCACGGGGCCGAGGACUCUUCAUUGGGACUCUGACCCCUCUACUCUACUGCUCCAUUCAGACUCUCAGCUCGGACGUGGCCCGCUGAAGUUGGGCAUGUCAAAGGUCACGCAGGUGGAUUUCCCGCCCAGAGAGCUGGUGUCGUACACAAAAGAGACCCAGACGCCCACACAGACUCAUCACAAGGACGAUGAGGAAGAGGAGGAGGAUUUGGCUUUGACGCAGCCUGCUCUGGAGCAUCAAGAGGAGAAAGACUCCCAGAAAGAGGAAGAGGAAGCGCCUCCUCAUGAGCUGACGGAGGAAGAGAAACAGCAGAUUCUUCACUCGGAGGAGUUUGUGACUUUCUUUGACCACAGCUCUCGGAUCGUGGAGCGCGCUCUCUCCGAGCAGGUGGACGUGUUUUUCGACUACAGCGGACGGGACCUUCAGGAUAAAGAGGGAGAGUCUCAGGCUGGAGCCAAACUCUCGCUGAACAGACAGUUUGCGGACGAGCGCUGGUCUAAACACAGAGUGGUCACCUGUCUCGACUGGUCACCGCAGUACCCUGAGCUGCUGGCGGCGUCAUACAGCAGUAAUGAAGACGCUCCACAUGAGCCCGACGGCGUGGCUCUCGUCUGGAACAUGAAAUAUAAGAAAACCACACCGGAAUAUGUCUUCCACUGCCAGUCUGCAGUGAUGUCAGCAGUGUUUGCACAGUUUCAUCCUAAUCUGGUGGUUGGAGGCACGUACUCGGGGCAGAUCGUCCUGUGGGACAACCGCAGUAACAAACGCACCCCUGUGCAGAGGACGCCUCUCUCCGCCUCGGCUCACACGCACCCGGUGUACUGUGUGAAUGUGGUGGGGACGCAGAACGCUCACAAUCUCAUCAGCAUCUCCACUGACGGCAAGAUGUGCUCCUGGAGUCUGGACAUGCUGACCACGCCGCAGGACAGUCUGGAGCUCAUGUUCAAACAGUCCAAGUCAGUGGCCGUCACCUCCAUGUCAUUUCCUCUGGGUGACGUCAAUAACUUUGUGGUGGGCAGUGAGGACGGGUCCGUCUACACCGCCUGCAGACACGGCAGUAAAGCGGGCAUCAGUGAGAUGUUUGAGGGUCAUCAUGGACCAAUCACAGGCCUCGACUGCCACACAGCGGCAGGACCGGUCGACUUCUCUCACCUGUUUGUCACUUCCUCUUUUGACUGGACCGUCAAACUCUGGAGUACCAAGAACAAUAAGCCUUUGUACUCUUUUGAGGACAACUCGGACUACGUGUAUGACGUCAUGUGGUCUCCCACACACCCCGCGCUGUUUGCCUGCGUGGACGGAGUCGGACAUCUGGACCUGUGGAACCUCAACAACGAAACUGAGGUCCCCACAGCGAGCGUGAUGGUGGAGGGAAACCCUGCGCUGAACCGUGUGCGCUGGGCUCAUUCGGGACGAGAGGUGGCCGUCGGCGACUCUGAGGGCCGAGUGCACAUUUAUGACGUCGGAGAGCAAAUCUCAGUGGCGCGGCAGGACGAGUGGACGAGGUUUGUGCUCACGCUCACCGAGAUCAACGAGAACCGCGAGGACGUGGAGGAACUGGCUGCUCAACGAUUGGCUGCAUGAUCACCAUAGCAACCCCUGCUGACCAAUGACGUUUCCCCUGCAUUUGCAUAUCUCCACCCUCUCUGAAGUUAUUUUAGCGACCGUCUCUGGCUCUUUUUUAAUUCUAGAGACAAAUAGAUUAUUUCAGACAGCAAGACUUUGCUAUUAACAAGUGAAGCACUUAGUGUUGCUAAACAUUUAUAGAAGUAAUAAUCGUAAUGAGAUGGGAUGUGAAAGUAGAUUACUGUAUAUCAGGUGGGAAUUAUAAUAUUUUAAUCUAUUUCUAGGAUUAGAGGCUGAUUUGGAGGAAAGGGAGAAUAACACUACCAAUAUGCAAACUAUUGUACAGCAUCUUCAGACACUGACGUAUCCUGAGUAACAGGAGAAAUGUGCUUUUAAAGGGCUGGAAUAUUUUUAACAGUCCCUUCUGUUGGAUGAACUUUCAUAUACUGGAUUAUUUAUAGCUUUUUAACAAAUGCAUUUUGUUUUCAUAAAGACUGAAAGCACGUUUAGUAAAAACCAAAUCAGCACACCUUUCAACAUGUAACUCAGUUCUUACUUCUGGAUGCCUUAAAGCUAAUUUUAUAACACACACACACACACACAAGUAUCCACAAUCUUCCAUCACACAGCAUUGUCCUUUUGGUGCUUGUUUAUUGCAGCACUUUAUGACUGAAAAAUCUUUUUUUUUCCUUUGCAAAACAUUGGUAGAAAUCUCUAGAUCACGGUUUUAAAAAUAUCCCAUGAUUUGUCAUUUCAAAAACCGUGGUCCUUUGAUUAGCAUUAACCUAAAACUUCCCUUUGGCACAUAUUUAGACUAAUAGACAGUGUUAUUAUUUUACCAUUUUUCCUUUAACGGUUACCCAAGUCCGCAUCCUGUUAUAUUUAUGUAUUUUUACCAUUUUAAUGUGUAAUUUGACAUUUAUUUUUAAUUUGAAUUUAGUGACCUCCCAGCCAAUAAUGCGACUGCUCUUGCAGAAAUUUUUAAUAUUUCAGUUUAUUCCUCAUCUGUGGAUUUUAGUAGUAUUUAUGUAAUUUGUGUAUUUUUCUUAAUAUUGUAUAUGCAGCAUUAUUGAGUGACAAAAUCUCGAGACCUAAAACAGCUUCCCGUUUACAUUCAUAUAACUUGUAGUGUAAAAUCAUCAUAAAAACACAGAUCAGAUCCGGGAAAUUACAAAAUCUAUAUAUUAACAGCUCCAGGAAAUUUGUGUAAAUAAAAUUUCUACAGCUUGGGCUGUCAUAGUAAUGAGCUUUUGGCUAAUGAUUAGUUGUUAAAUAAUAUUGAAGAAUUUAAUACUAACAGCUUAAUAUCCAGACACCGUUAAUGGGUUAAUUUAUUCAUAAUGAAUAGGAAACAUUCAUAACUACACAUGACAAUGACAAUAUAAAAAAAUAUUAAAAGCACUUUAAAAUAUUUUAGGUAUUUCAAAUGCAUAUCUAUUCAUAUUUGCUUAAAUUUCCCUUAUUUGGAUAUGAUUGGACUUUCAAAAGCACACCGAGCACAGUCAAAAAAAUCAAUUACAUCGCAAUCUUGAGAAGCCUAACCAUAUGCAAAAUAUUUCCUCAGCUAAAAGUUGUGCUUUGUGCAUGCAUUAUUUUUCAAUCCAGUAAAUAUGAAUGCCUGACGACAUCAUAGAAAAUCCAUUGGAUUUACGUGACCAGGACAAGUGUGUGAUCUUGCAUGUGUGUGGUCCUCCAGCGACUUCACUAACUCACUUUAUCCGACCUCGUUUGUAACUUGCAGUAAUAAACUCAAUAAAAACCAUCACAAAAUAGAAAUAAAAUUGAACUGUGUUGAUUUAUUUCCAUAAAAUACAAGAAUGAAAUGAAUUUAAAUUAUUUUCUACAUUUCAAAUCAACCAUGAUUGCUCGGAUCAAUCAGUCAAGUUUUGAAACCUCUGUACAUCAUUCACUGGGAUGCAGACAGAGAGAGAAACACGUCUCUGUGCAUGAGAUGUACGUGUAUAUACAGUACAUGUGCAAGCUACGCAAAGCCUAUUGAGCAAAUGAAGAGCGCUACAGCAUGCUCCAGUCACAUCAAUACAUCAUAAUCAUGAGAUUAAAACUCAAAAGCAGCGAAUGUGCAUCUUGGGGAUCAGAGGAACACAAAACCAACAGUACGUGUCAUGGUUUUCCUUUCAGGAGUGUUUCAUGAAAAGCUCUUUAGCUUUCGUUUCAGUGGCUGAUGAACUUCUCUAGAGCCCUUGUUAGGUAUUUCACUGCGAGUGUCGCUUUAGGUCUCGAUCGGUGUGGCAGACGUCUACCCUGUGCAUCAGAAAACACACUAACUAUGAGCUUUAACCAGUGUUCUUCAUCAAAACUGAGGCACUGAUAUGGGUUAAAGCCACCAGACUCUGAAAACGAGUAUAAUUUCCCAUGUCCCCCACCUAAAAACUCAAUGAAA